AUGGCUCAACUUGGUGCCACCCAACUAUUCCUUGCCGUCACGGGCGUCCUCGCAAUAGUGCUGCUCGUGUACAAGGUAUUCUUCACCAAUUCGCAGUCCAAAGGCAAUCAUUCUCUGCCACCUGGCCCAAAGCCCCGACUCUUGGUGGGCAAUCUGCCCGACCUUCCACCCGCCGGCGCCAAAGAAUGGCUUCAUUGGAUCAAGCAUAAGGAGCUUUACGGUCCGAUCAGCUCCCUCACGGUUCUGGGGCAGACGAUGAUCAUUAUCAGCGACCACAAGGUUGCGGUCGAGCUGAUGGAGAAGCGUUCCGCCAUCCACUCGUCGCGCCCCAAGCUGGUGUUUGGGUCGGAAAUGUGCGGGUGGGAAAAGGCGCUGGGGCUGAUGCCGUACUCCAACAAGAGCCGUUCCUACCGAAAAGCGCUGCACACCGUCCUGGGCACGUCCGCCGCCAUUGAUCCGUUCCGACCGCUGCUCGAGCUGGAAACGCGGCGGUUCCUGCUCAAAGUGCUUGAGAAUCCUCGAGACGUGUUGCAGCUGAUUCGGACCCAGGCCGGCUCCAUUAUUCUGAAAAUCGGCUAUGGCUAUACCAUCGAGCCCAAGGGGCGGGAUCCGUUGGUGGAUCUGGCGGAACAAGCCCUCGACCACUUCUCAAAAUCCUGCAUGCCUGGAGUCUGGAUGGUGGAUAUGAUCCCUGCCCUCAAGUACCUCCCGGACUGGUUCCCCGGGACCGGCUUCAAGCGCACCGCUCGGCAGUGGAAAGCAACUCUCCAUAGGGUGGCGGAGCUGCCAUACAGGUUUGUGGAGCAGAAGCUUCGCAGCGGGACGGCCGAGCCUUCGUACCUCUCGAAGCUUCUUCACGACGACAAAGGAACCCUUUCUCCCGAGGCCGAAGACGUUGCCCGAUGGUCUGCCUUCUCCUUGUACGCAGGAGGCGCCGACACCACCGUGUCGUCCAUGGCCUGCUUCGUUCUGGCCAUGAUGCUCUACCCAGAAGUCCAACGCAAAGCCCAGGCCGAGAUCGACGCGGUGGUGGGCUCUGCUCGCCUGCCGACAUUUUCCGACCGCGAGGCCCUACCUUACGUCGACGCCAUGGUCAAGGAAGUUCUUCGCUGGCAUCCCGUGGCGCCGUCGGGCGUGCCGCAUCUGACGACCAAGGCCGAUGUCUACAACGGAUACUUCAUCCCCGAAGGCAGCCUCCUGAUCCCCAACCUGUGGGCCAUGCUGCACGACGCGACCGUCUACCACGACCCCGAAACGUUCGACCCGUCGCGCUUUCUCGGACCCAACGCUGAACCAGAUCCUCACAACCUGGCGUUCGGCUUCGGCCGGCGCAUCUGCCCCGGUAGGUUGUUCGCCGAUGCGGCUUUGUUCUCGACGAUCGCAGGGUUUCUGGCCGUGUUUGACGUGCGCAAGUGCGUCGAAAAUGGGAAAGAGCUCGAUCCGGUCGUGGACUUUGACACCGGCAUCAUCAGUCAUCCGAAGCCGUUCAGGUGUGAUAUCGUGCCGCGAUCAGCCACUCACGAGAAGAUGAUUCUGUCUGUCGAAAUUGAUCAUCCCUUCCCGGAACAUGGUGACGCAAAAUUCUUGGCCGAGAGUGUCGCGGCGUAG